ACACUAACGCGGAGAGAGAGACCGGAAGAAAGGCUCAGGUCUCGAAUAUCACCGCCGCCAAGAUGCUUCUUGAUCCGAUGGGUGGUGUCGUUCUAACUAAUGAUGGUAAUUCUAUCCUUCGUGAAGUCGAGGUGGCACAUCCAGCUGCAAAAAGUAUGAUUGAGUUGAGUAGAACGCAAGACGAAGAGGUUGGUGACGGCACCACUAGUGUUAUUAUUUUGGCUGGUGAAGUUCUUGCUCAGGCACUGCCGUACCUAGAAAGAAAUGUACAUCCAAUUGUCAUCAUAUCUGCAUUCAAAAAAGCCCUUGAAGAUGCGAUAAAGGUUAUCGAUAAUAUCUCUAAGCCAGUCAAUAUAGAAGAUCAAGAGGAAAUGCUUAAAUUGAUAAAAAGCGCUAUCGGUACUAAAUUUGUGAGUAGAUGGAGUGAUUUGAUGUGCAAAUUGGCAUUAGACGCUGUGAGAACUGUUGCCAAAGAAGAAGAUGGAAAACGCGAAGUUGAUAUUAAAAGAUAUGCACGAGUUGAGAAGGUCCCUGGGGGUGAAAUUGAGGAAUCUAAGGUUUUAGACGGUAUCAUGUUAAACAAAGACGUUACUCAUGCCAGCAUGCGUCGUAGAAUUGAAAACCCUCGGAUAAUUUUAUUGGACUGUCCUCUCGAAUAUAAAAAAGGAGAAUCACAAACCGCUGCGGAAAUUAUGGAUGAAAGUCAUUGGAGUAGAUUAUUGCAGAUCGAGGAAGAACAAAUUAAAGAAAUGUGUGAUAAGAUCAUAUCAUUUAAACCAGACCUCGUAUUCACAGAGAAGGGAGUUUCUGCCAAUAUUUCUGCUAUUCGGCGCGUGCGUAAGACGGAUAAUAACCGAAUUGCACGUGCCGUCGGGGCAAAUAUUGUAAAUCGUCUCGAAGAUUUGAAAGAAGAGGAUAUUGGCACAAAAUGCGGCCUAUUUUCCAUUGAAAAGAUCGGAGAUGAAGGACCAUCAAAAGAUAUUUUAAAUGAAAUAGAACGUAACCUUCAGGAUGCGAUGUGCGUUUCAAGAAAUGUUUUCUUCAACCCUCUAUUAGCUCCUGGUGGUGGCGCGACUGAGAUGGCUAUAAGUGUUAAGCUAUCAGAAAAUUCAAAAACAUUGGAAGGAGUGGAACGAUGGCCAUAUAAAUCCAUUGCGGAGGCUUUAGAGGUUAUUCCUAGAACCUUAAUUCAGAAUUGUGGCGGCAAUUCCAUUAAGAUAUUAACACAACUAAGGGCUAAGCAUGCUAUCGGUGAUCAUACAUGGGGGAUUGAUGGCCUUUCUGGAAAUGUUGUUGAUAUGAAUGAAUAUGAUAUUUGGGAGCCCCAUGCCGUCAAAGUUCAAACGAUUAAGACUUCCAUUGAGGCUGCGUGCUUGCUUCUUAGAGUAGAUGAUAUUGUAUCUGGUGUAUCGAAGAAGAAAUCUGGAGGCAGCAGUGCACCUGCUCCACAGGAGAUGGAAGUCGAAGGCGAAGCUGAGCCUGGUGAACGAUAA